UACUGAGAUUCGAACCCGGGACCUCCAGGUUCGAAUACAGAGUGACCACCAAGCAAGCUAAAAGGAACCUGAAUGACAAAGACAAACAAUGUACGUUAUGUAUGUAAAUUUACAAUCUUUGUUAUUUAAGUAGAUAUUUGUUUCUGGUGAUGUGAAAUAGACAAUGGGUAAAAGAAUUAAAUCACAGACAUAUACACACGUACACAGACGUUACACGUGUUACACGCUUACUUAGCGUUAUCCUUAUUAGUAAAUUAGGCUUAUGAUUGUAUUAGCUGUCAGUGCCAAGACGACUGUUCGCAAUGUCGCACAGCACAAUCCAGUUGUUGUUAUUGGUUGUCACUUUGUGCAUUACACAUUGUACGCAAGAAAGAAAAUGGAAGAUCGUGCAGACCUCACAGGGUCCGGUCAGGGGCUACAAAACUGGCGAAAUAUAUUAUUUUUACGGGAUCCCGUAUGCCACGGCGCCUACUGGCAAACGCAGGUUUACUGCACCGCUCGCAGGGCCGGUAUGGAUCACUCCGCUAGAAGCAGUCAAUAAUAAAAUUAUAUGCCCACAAGCCAAAAUUCAAGUCGUCCAAUUCCCUGAUUUUGAUAUGCGAGAGAACUGUCUGGUUGCAAACAUUUAUACACCUGAAACAGAGGAGAUUAAUCUCCCUGUCGUGGUCUACGUUCAUGGAGGCAGCUAUCAAAUAAGAGUUGGAGUAGCUUGGUCACCAAGCGCUCUAGUGCGAACUAAAAAAGUAAUAGCUGUCACUUUUAAUUACCGCUUAGGCGCGCAUGGAUUCCUCUGUUUGGGCACUGAGAAUGCUCCCGGCAAUGCUGGCAUAAAAGAUCAAAUCGCGGUACUUCAAUGGGUGCAAAGAAACAUAGCCAACUUUGGCGGUAAUCCUAAAGAAGUCACAAUUGCUGGGUUCAGCGCCGGCUCGACAGCAGUGGACCUACUUAGGCUCUCUGAAAUGACUACAGGCCUUUACAAUAAAGUUAUUCCUGAGAGCGGUGCAAACUUAGCCGCUUGGAGCGUCCAACUCGAUCCUGUUCAGAAUGCAAAAGAUUAUGCUAAGCAGCUUAAUUUCACAAACGUAGAGGAUAUGAACAGUUUAGAAGAGUUCUACACAACUUUAUCAUUCGAGGCUAUGAUGUCAGAUGCUUUUAUGGAAAGGAAGGACUCAACCUUUAUGUUUUCCCCGUGUGUUGACCGUGAUAUUGGCGUCGAAAAAUUUCUUGAUGAUACUCCGCUUAAUCUCCUAAAACAAGGAAAAUACAGAAAAGUACCAGUCCUAUAUGGAUUUACAAAUAUGGAAGGGCUGUUUCGGAUGUUAAUGUUUGAGGAGUGGAAAGAAUUAAUGAAUGAACAAUUUUCCGACUUUUUGCCAGCUGAUUUACAGUUUAAAGAUAACGAAGAGAGGGAAAAAGUUGCGCAGGAAAUUAAGAAGUUUUACUUCGGUGACAAACGUGUAUCGGAAGAAACUAUACAAGGGUUUAUAGAUUAUUUCACUGACGUUAUGUUUGCUUAUCCACAUUUGAGGUCCGUGAAAUUACAAGUAGAGGCUGGUAGUGAAUCAAUAUACUUGUACGAAUAUUCAUUUUUCAGUCCGAUUCCUGAUUUUGUUCAUGUACCAGAAUACAUGAACAUCACAGGGGCUUAUCAUUGUGCCCAAACUUUUAGUAUAUUAGUUAAUACAAUGGACGUUAACGUUGAUUCUGAUUCAGACGAAUACAAUAAAAUGAAGAAUAUUCUGGUUGAGAUCUGGGUGAACUUUAUUACUACAGGUAAACCAGUACCAGAAGGAUCAGAUCUUCCUUCGUGGCCGCCAGUUGGUGCUAACAGAUCGCCAUAUAUGGACCUCGGGGCAGAGAUUAAACUCGAAGGGUCCCUUUUGGAGAGACGCGUUCUCUUUUGGGACGACAUCUAUGAACGAUUUUACAGGUCUCCAAUACCUCCAUCUAAUACGCUGUCAAUUAGAAACGAACUUUAAAAAAAAAAUAUUGUGUCACUUUUUUUCACCUAUUAGGUUAAAAAGAGGUCGUGAAUCUGAGUAGAAAACAAAUCGGUCAUGUGCGAGUUUGUUUAACUCGCGCACCGAGGGUUCCGACAAACUUUCAACUAUGCCAUGUAACUGUAAACACGAAAGACUUUUGAACAGAAGUAUGCUAAGCAUAAUUAUGUACAGCGCCAUCUAUCGGCACAUUGGCUAACUACUUAAUUUGUUUGUAUGUUGGUUUUUCAGGGAUAAUUCUUUCUCGCGUGAACCAAUUUCAACAAUUAUUGUUUUAUUUUAAAGAAGGUAUUUUUAGUGUAAUCUCAUAGAAAUUUCACUCGCAAAGGGGAAGCCCAAAUUAAUUGCAAAUUUGAUUAGAAAUUAUUUUAGUAGAAUAAUAAAGUUAUCAGGAUAAAGUUGUCAUUGAGAUUCACGAAUUCUCUGUUCACAGUGUGGGUGAUAGUAAGUACUUAAAUAAUUAUAUGUAACACGGACAUUAUAUUUUAUAUUGUACAUGAGUUUUUGUCACUUUUAGUAUCAAUACCGAUGUUAUUUUUGGUUUCGUCUGAUUUUUUUCUUCCAUUUAUACAAAUGCUUUGCCUUAGAACUACUACAUUCAAAUUAUAGUCACUUUACACCAUAACGAAUAUAUUUGAGUUAAUUUUAGACCAUAGAGAGUUGGGAGCUUUUGUAUAAUAGCUGGAUGGUUUUAGUGUACAAGAUUUGAAUUAAGUACAUAUAAAAAUAUGUAGGAGUAAAAGCUAAGUAAAAAAAUGUACAACUUAGGUAAGUAUA